UUCCCCGACACCUCACACAUCCUCAUGAUGCUGACCCGCCUGACGUCCGUCCGCUCGAUUAGCCGCACGGCCUGUGUGAAUGCUAAGAUUGCCAACAACAUCACCGACCUUAUCGGCAACACGCCACUGCUCUACUUGAACCAAGUUACCAAGGGUGCGCAUGCCAAGAUUGCCGUCAAGUGCGAAUUCAUGGAACCCUGCGGGAGCGUCAAGGACCGCAUUGGUAUCAGCAUGAUUGAAGCCGCGGAGAAGGCGGGCGUGUUGACCAAGGACUCGCUGAUCGUCGAACCUACGAGCGGCAACACGGGCAUCGGGCUCGCGUUGGCCGCCGCUGCCAAGGGCUACAAGUUGCAAAUUGUCAUGCCCGACUCCAUGUCCAUGGAGCGCCGCAUCAUCCUGAAAGCGUUUGGAUGCGAUCUCGUCUUGACCCCAGGUCCGCGCGGCAUGACGGGUGCGUGCUUGAAGGCCGACGAGAUUGUGGCCAAGACCCCCAACGCCAUCUUGUUGCAGCAGUUCAAGAACGCGGCGAACCCCCAAAUUCAUUUCGAAACCACCGGCCCCGAGAUUUGGAACGACACGGACGGCAACGUGGACAUUUUCGUGGCCGGCGUCGGCACUGGCGGCACCAUCACUGGCACAGCGCGGUAUAAACAACAUCAUCAUCCAGCCCCUUUACUUUCGAUUGCAGAAUCGAUAUUGACCUUUUUCAUUGCAUUUUUCGAGUUUUUUUUGCCUUUUUUGGCCAAAGUCAAACGUUGGAUGAUAUCGUAGUAGUAGUGGUUCGCUGUAUAUUGAUUGUCCUUUCAGCCAAACAUUGGAUUUAGAUAUUGACUCGCAAAAUCCAUCGAGCGAUUGUUUGUACUGACUUUUGUAUGGACCAGUUUCACACUAAUCUCAGUCACACACUAAUUCGAUGUUGAAUGGUUGAAGCGAGAGUUUGAUUGGCCACUUGAAUUGUGUUGUGUGUUUUGAUUGGUCAAUAUAUCGAUUGUCUGUCGAUUUGGUUCUUCUGCUCCUUCGAUUGAGAACCCCACUCCAGUUUCGAAUCGACUUGACAAUAUAUAUACUUCAAUGAGUAUAUUAUAUAUAUACAAGACUAACUCUAUAUAUACGAUCAAUCGCAGGUUCUUAAAGCCGAAAAAGCCCGAUGUCCGCAUCGUUGCCGUGGAACCAGAAGAAAGCCCAGUGUUGAGUGGCGGCAACCCCGCGCCCCACAAGAUCCAAGGCAUCGGCGCUGGCUUUGUACCUGAGAUCCUCGAUCGAUCAUUGAUUGACGAGGUCGUGACUGUGAACGGCCCCGAGUCUAUGCUCAUGGCCAAACGGUUGGCCCGCGAAGAAGGGAUUUUGUGUGGUCCGUCGUCGGGCGCGGCGGUCGUGGCGGCACUUCGUCUGGCCAAGAAGCCCGAAAAUGCCGGCAAGCUGAUUGUGGCCGUGCUGCCGAGCUUUGGCGAGCGGUACUUGAGUUCCGCCUUGUUUGACGAAGAGCGCGAGAUUGCCACCCACUUGCCAACUACUCCCAUUGAAUCAUAAGAGCAUCACGACUGUAAACACAAGCGUAAUUUUCUACUAAUAGUACUACUGUUCGAAGUUUCGGAUA